AUGCAGUUCUUUGGCCGGCUGGUGAAUACCAUCAACAGCGUCACCCAGAUAUUCACAAACCCUUACCGGGUGAAGGAGGUGCCGGCUGCGGAGUAUGCCGCUCACACCUGCCUGAGGGAGGAAGGCAGGGUGGCCCUGUAUAAGAACAGCCUCGCUCGCUCUUGGGAUUGCCUGCUGGUGAAUCCCCAGAGCCCGCAGGUUGCUUUCCGGCUGUUCCAGCUCGACAAUGAAGCAGAUGCCCUGGCACGUUUCGAGCAGUACAGCAGGCAGCUGCGCCCUUUCUACGAGAGCUCGCACCAGCCCUUGUCGCUGGAGGAUCUCCAGCAGCUCAGCGACUGCUUCCGCGACCACCCCAGCUGGUCUGCAGCGCAUGUCGCGGUGGAGUUCGGCCGUCGUGAGAGCUUCCGGCACAACCACGUUCUGAGCUGCGUGAACAGCACGGACAGUGAGGAUGGCUGCACCCCGCUGCACCUGGCGUGCCGCAAGGGAGACAUGGAGUGCCUGCUGGAGCUGCUGGAGUGCCACGCACGCGUGGACAUUACCGACAGGAACGGGGAGACCGUUUUCCACUACGCUGUGCGAGGGAACAGCCCCCACAUCAUCGAGCUCCUGGGCAGAACCCCAACUGCUGGCUUGGACCACCUGAGCCAUGAAGGGCUGACUGCUCUGCAUCUCGCCUGUCAGCUGGGCAAAGAGGACAUGGUUCGGUCUCUGCUGAAAUGCCGUGCCAGCUGCAGCGUCGUGGGGACGCUGGGCUACCCCAUCCACACAGCACUGAAGUUCUCCCAGAAGGGGUGUGCCCAGGCCAUCCUCGAGGUGGACGCCAGCCAGGUUCGCUCCAAGGACCCACGCUAUGAAGCCACUCCGCUGCACUGGGCGAAGAAGGCAGAGAUGACACGGCUGCUGCUGGAGCACGGCUCUGAGGUGAAUUUGACCAGCCGGACGGCUGACAUGGCUCUGCACAUUGCGGUCAAGAGGGGCCGCUUCGACUGCGCCAUGGUACUGCUGACACACGGGGCCCACACCAAUGCCAGGGGUCAGGAUGGCAACACGCCGCUGCACCUGGCCAUGAAGCAUGACCACCUGGAUAUGAUCAAAGCGAUCAUCGUCUUUGGAGGAGAUGUCGAGAUCCCCAAUGAUUUUGGGGAGACACCAGGGCUGUUGGCAGCCAGAAGCAGCAAAGGUGCGAACCGGAAAGUGCUCUUAGACCUGCUGCAAACUGUAGGGACCGAACGCUGCCACCCACCCAACCCUGACUCCCCAAGCCUGGCACCAUCUGCCGCCUCCUUCCUGGAAGGCCAACCUUCCUCGCGGAGCAGCUUCAACAGCUUAGGGUACAAGGACCUUCUGUAUGUUUCCACAACGCUCGGACAGUUAUUGAAGGCACCAGACGUUGUGGACUCACCCAGUGAGGGUAGAAGAAAUCACGACCGCCUCCUGUGCCUGGAUGGAGGGGGCAUCCGGGGCCUGGUGCUCAUCCAGCUCCUCCUAGCUAUCGAAAAGGCUGCGGGCCGUCCCGUUCGAGAGAUUUUUGACUGGAUCGCGGGGACCAGCACUGGGGGGAUCUUGGCCUUGGCUAUUGUACAUGGGAAGUCCAUGGACUACAUGCGCUGCCUGUACUUCCGCAUGAAGGACAUGGUGUUCCGGGGGUCUCGGCCCUACGAGUCGGAGCCCCUGGAUGAGUUCUUGAAGAAGGAAUUUGGGGAAAACACCAAAAUGACAGAUGUCCAAAAACCCAAGGUUAUGGUGACAGGGACACUGUGUGACCGACAGCCGGCUGAGCUCCACCUUUUCCGGAAUUACCCUGUACCAGAGACGAAAACCUCCACUGAAUACAAGACAAGCGCAUCUUUCAAACCACUCACUCCGCCAGAAGACCAACUCGUGUGGCGCGCUGCCCGCUGCAGCGGUGCAGCUCCCACUUAUUUCCGGCCCAUAGGCCGCUUUCUGGAUGGCGGGCUGCUAGCCAACAACCCGACCCUCGAUGCCAUGGCGGAGAUCCACGAGUACAACAAGACGCUGAUCAAGAAGGGUCGGAGGCAGGAAGUAAGAAGACUGGGGUUGGUGGUCUCCCUGGGGACAGGGAAGCCUCCGCAGGUCCCGGUGAGCUCUGUGGAUGUUUUCCGCCCCUCCAACCCUUGGGAGUUGGCGAAGACUGUCUUUGGGGCCAGGGAGCUCGGCAAGAUGGUGGUGGAUUGUUGCACUGACGCAGAUGGCCCAGCUGUGGAUCGUGCCAGGGCCUGGUGCGAGAUGACGGAUGUCCCAUAUUUCCG